AUGGUUUACAUAAUAUUUUCAUUCAUAACUAUCUUCGUUAUUUCUAUCAUUGUAAACUGUCAUAAAAAGAAUCGAUCAAGUAGGAAAAGUGAAGCAGGAAAACACAAAAAUGAAGUGACUGCUGUUGAGUAAGUUGAAAAAUAUUUAGAAUGAAGGAAGGAAGCCUUUGAAGCUAGCGUCGAGUUUUAGAAUAUGUUCCAAACUCGACGAUGGCUUGAAAAUGAUUAUUUUUGCAAAUCACGAACAACAUUUUUUGCAGAGAAGAUCCAUUUGCAAUUUUGAAAGCAAACUUAGCAAAUCAAGAAAGAAAAACACAAUCAGAUUCAUUAAAAGAUUGUUCGGUGAAAAAUGAGAAAAAUCCAUUGUACAAUAAAAGUCGAGAAACAGCAUCACAAUCAGCAGUCAGCAAAAUGGGUGGAGUAUCAAAAAAUGGAGGAAAACAAAAUGAUUCGAAAAAGCAAAGCUUGAAAAAAUCGGGAAAAGGAAUUCAAGUUGAACCAACACAACAAGAUGAUGUUGUUAAAAAUAAUAAUGGAAGAUCUGUUAUUCGAAAUUCUACAUUGAAAGUGGUAAGAGAAAUAAGAAUUCGGUUUCAAGUUAAAUUAAUGUUUUUCAGGAUCCAACUCAGAACUCAAAGAUGUAA